GUUCAGUCAGUCGCACAGUGUGAUCGGUGGAAGAAAGUCGUGUUUUUUAUCUAGUUCGACGGAUAGAGUCGGGCGUGUUGAAAAGCCUAUCUAGCAUUGGUAGUUUAAGUUAAAAUAUUUUAAAAAUGAAAGUCACUUUUCUUCUAGAGCUACUGUUAAUUUUAAUAAUUAUUGCAUUUGCCGCCUCGAAGCCAAUUGAAGAAGGACGCGCGGUACGGAAAGGAGCCUUAAUUCAUCGACAAGCUGUGGAUGAGGUGGCGGAUGCAGCAGCAGCAGCAGUAGAUCCUGCCCCUGUCGCACCAGUUUCUGGUGGCGAUGAUGAUGAUGACGAUGAUGACGAUUCGGAUGAGUUUGAUUUAGGAGAUGACGAUUCUGCGGAAGAUGAUGAUGCCGACGAUGAUGAUGACGACGACGAAGAUGAUCUGAUUGGUAUUGGCGGUUCGGUUGAAGAUGAAAUCGAUGACGAUGACGAUGAUGAUGACGAUGAUGAAGAUGCGGUGGCAUCAGUUCCAGUUGCGGCGGGAGUGCCCUCGGUUGUUGACCAACAGAAACAGUCAGCCGUUAGUCAACCUGCACAGCCUGUUGCCGCAGUUGAUGAGGAUGAGGAUGAAGAAGAUGAUGAUGAUGACGAUGACGAUGAUGAAGAUGAUGAUGGUUUGGGGUUUUUCGGUGAAGAUAUUCUAGGUGCUUUCGACGACGAAGAAGACGAUGACGACGAUGAUGAUGAUGAAGAUGAACCAGUGCCAGUCCCAGUUGAAGCUCCAGCUGCUCCGAUCGCUCCAUCAAAAAAGCAAAAGAAAAAACCAGUCCCUGUAAAGGAACCGGUAGCCGUUGCGCAGAACACCCAGGCUUUACUUGAUUUAGCUGAUGCGGCCGCUACACAAAAUGAAAUCGAAGCCCCACCGAAACCAAAGCCAGAAGGAAUUGACGUUAAUAACGAAGUGAAUAAGAUCGUCGAAUCACUAGCAGCACAGAAGGCAGACCAGAAUGCUCAGCCAGUAACGGAAGCAGUUGUAGAGGACGAGGAAGAAGCAGAAUACGACGAGGGUUCUCCAGAAAAGGUACAAACAUUAUCAUCAGAUAAUAACAAAGUUGAUGUUGUUGCCGCUCCUGCAGCCGUGACCGCAACCAAGCCGACCAGUGACGACGACGACAUCUUCGAAGGUAUUACAUCACUAGUGGACGACGACGACGACGACGACGAUGACGAUGAUGAUGACAGUGACGAGACAACGCCACAAAAAGUUGACCAAACUUCAACGAAUAGCGAAACUGAAACGCAAGCCGAUGACGCUGACGAUGAUGAUGAUGACGAAGAGGACAGUGAUGAGCUGAUCGACGAAAGCGCAGUUGAAGAGAUUGCUGAAUCCGACGUGUGAGUGUGAUCAAUUCCUCCCUCCGUACUCCCAAUCUUGAGCAAAUUCAGGCAGGUUGAACAUUGUUGAGAGUGAGAGUGAGUGAGUGAAAGUGACAAAUCCGAGAGAGAAAGACUCUUAAUGACAAAGGCCAACGAAAAUACUCACACUAGAAAACGAACGUGGCCAAGUUCCCAUCCCUUCGUAUGCUAACUUCUCCCAAGUCUUCAAUAUGAGAAGAUUUUUCUACAAAAUAUUAUAACUCUUCGAAUCUUUCCAAAAACAAAACGGAAAAUUAUAAUUUUCACGAGCCAUUAACAACGAAGAGGAAGCAACGAGAGAGGACAAUCAACAAAGACUUGUACAUGACCGCGAGACUCCUCCAACAACUACCACAACCUCUAGUACUAAGUUAAUUUAUUUAUUUAUUUAUUUAAAUUAUUUAUUUAAUUUAUUGAGCGUGUAUAAAGACGAAUUGGACUAAAUCAGGAGGAGGAAGAAAUAAACUAUUGCAAACACUUAAGCACAGAGAAGGGAACGAAUAGACUUUGACGAAUUUGUGCGAAGUAUUGAUAAAAAAUUUA